AUGGAAGCAUUUCAUUCAGCACAAUUAAAUGUUAAAAAACAACCUACUUUAUUUGAAAAUGAAUCAAUAGUAUUAAGCGUUGAGAAUGUAUCAAUAUAUGAAGGAGAUCAACUUACAAAUUAUCAAAAAGGAACAAUAUCUAUAACAUCAGUUAGAAUCAUUUGGUAUAACAGUAAUGUUUCAAUUGGUUUAUUUCAUGAUUCUGUUGUUUCUGUAGAAUCUAUUAAUGCAGGAUUUCUUAGUAUGGGAUCAUCACCAAAGUUAUCGGUUCUAUGCAGGAAUAGUAAACAUAUAAAGUUAUCAUUUCAUUCAGGUACAACGAAAAGAGAUGAAUUCUACAGGUUAUAUAAACAAUUGUUGUUUGAAUCACAAGAAGCUAAAAGACUACAGCAACAACAACUUCAACAACAGAAACAGAUGCAACAACAACAACAACAACAAUCAAGUCCACUCUUUAAUAAUAAUAAUAACAAACCAACAAACAAUGUAAACACAAAUUUCGAUACUUCCAAUGCUGGAAUCAGUGGAUUAAUCAAACAGAUGAAUCAACGACAAGAAGCAACCGACAAAGCACUGACCGAAGCAUUCGCUGACUUGGGUGCACUCAUGGAUAAAGCAAAGGAGAUGGUUACACUCUCCAGUCAAUUGAAAGCGACAAUCGAUCGACAACAACAAGCCGGUUCAAACAGUAGCGACGAAGACACACUGCGACAGUUCCUCGUCGAGAUGGGUAUUGCCGUGCCGGUAACCAAGAAGACAGCGAAAUCACACUACCACACAGAGCUAUCGAAACAACUCUCGGAAUGGCUGCUACCGGUGCGACUGCGCAAGUUUGAUUCCGGUGUGAUGGUUGUCCAAUCAAAAGAUGAAAGCGACGAUCAAGUUGCACAGGAGAUUUUGAACCUCAUCAAGGAGGUCGGUGGUUCCAUAACGGCAUUCCACCUCUCCAAACUACAGCAAAUCUCACUCAAUCUUGCCAAAGAGAAGCUUUUACAAUGUGAGAAACUAGAGAGAUUAUGUCGUGAUGAAACAAUCGAAGUUUUUAAGUUUUUUAUAAUGUCUAUAUUUAAUUCAAUAAAGAAACUAGUUAAAGGUGAUUCAUCACCUUCACCCAAUUCGUCACCGUCAUCUGCUACGUCUUCACCUUCAAAGUCAACAUUUGGUCAAAGAUAUGAUUUCAAUCCAUAUCAUUGUGGAUUGUAUGAGAAUGCAACUUCAAUACACUAUGAUUGUGUUCAAAGAUUAUUGGCUGUUGGAUUCAACAAUGGAUUAGUUAAAAUUUUUGGUCAGAAUGGAAUGGAAUGUCAUUUUAAAUCGGAUGCCAAUACAGCUGUUUUAAAGUUAAUAUUUCUAAUUGAUAAUCCAAAUAUACUUGUAGUUACAUCAAAUUCAAUUGAAAAAUGGAAUUAUCAAGAGUUAAAGAUGGUCAAUAUAUUGAAUUUCAAGAGUAGAAUUACAUCGAUUGGCUACAGUUUUGGUUGUAACUUUAUUUAUAUUGGUGAUGAGACUGGUAUCAUUCAAGUCUACAAUAUAGUAUCUCAUUUCCUAUCAUCCUAUAAAAUUACAAUAGAUCAUGUAUUUCCACAAAGACAACAACAACAACAGCAACAACAGCAACAACAACAACCACCAAUUUAUCCAAGUGCAAUUGAUAUUUGUCCAUCUGAUAACAAUAUCUUAUUGAUUGGAUAUUCCAAUGGUAUCAUAGUAUCAUGGAACAAUGAAUCGAGAAAAGUAGAUAAGAUAUUCAAUCAGUUCAAGUCAUUCGUUACUAAAGUUGUUUGGAGUAGAAAGGGUAGUAAGUUUGUUUGUGGAUUCUUUGAUGGUUGUGUAUUCAUGGUAGACUAUCCGAAGCAACAACCUAUGUUGAUAUUCAAACCUAUUGGAUUGAAUAAUACAACCCCUACUGUUGCUGAAACAAAUGAAUCAACAACAACAACAACUAACAAUAUCAAUAACAACAGCAACAAUAAUAAUAAUAGUUGUAAAACUAAUGAAAGAGUUUCUAUAGAUCAAUUGGAAUUAGUUUAUACUAAGGAUAAAAAGAUUAUACUAUUCAAAGGAUACUUCCAUUCAUCUGCUUGUUUGGUAAUGAUCAAAGGCGAGAGUUACAAGGAAAUUCAGAAACUUGGUGUGUCUCAAGUAUGCCAGAAUAUCACUUCGUUCGUACCGAUCAUUGAUUUGCCUUAUCCGUCGGUUAAAGAGUUGCAGUCAAUCAUGGUGCUAUCCAAGAAUGAAGUGAUUCACUACAAGUUUGAUAAUAUCAUGUUGCCAUCACCACUCGACGAGCUCAACCUCAAGAAUAUGUUGACGACAAGUCCACCACUGAUUGCAGAGUGUUACGAGUGUGAAUCGAGUAUCAAAGAUCUACUUGUAGAGGCAUUCCAAUCGCAAGCUAGUGGUAAAUCACCGGUGGUUGGAGGUAACAUAAAACAGAGUCGUAUAUUCCAACUGAUGAUUACACUCCACGCCGAUCAGACCAUCAAAUUCUGGGAUUUCACCGAUCCAAAAUCCUACCAACUACUUGGUAAACUCGAUGGAAUACCCGCCAAUCCAGUGGCAAUGUCAUUCUCCAUUGUCAACCUUGUCCUUGUCAUUAGUUUUGCAGAUGGUCAAGUACAACUGUAUAACAUGUCCAAUAUUCCAAGAAGAAUAGAGAAAUCUCUAUAUCCAACACCUUUAUCCUCAUCCAAUUCGUCAAUUGCUCCAGCCAAUAACGAGCUUUCGACAUCAAAUUCAACAGCAAUUAGUCAAGAAACAAAAGAAAAACCAACAUCACCAACCACAACAGAUUCAACUGUAAAUCAACAGCAAGAACAACAACAACAACAACAACAACAACAACAACAGCAACAACAGAAUCUGCAACAACAGCCUUCACCACCACAAGAAACAUCACCAUCUCAACAACAGCAAGCUCAACCAAUGCCAGUAUAUCUUUUAUUGCCGGAUCCAGUAUGGGCAGGUUGUCAAUUAGUUUCAGAAUGGAGAUUCCCUCAAGCUAUUACCUCUAUUGUUUUGAAUCCACUUAAAUCGUUGAAUUGUGUUAGAGUUGUACUUGGAAGUGCCAGUGGUAUUAUCUAUCAUUUCACACUGACUUUGACAAACAAUAGUAAUGUUCCUGGUGUUACUAUUAACAGAACGGUUUAUAGCUCAAUCAUUGAUUUCAAAGGAAUGUCGAAAUCACCAUUUGUAGAUUCAGAGGGCAAAGUAUCAGCUAUAACAUCAUUGUCACUUUGUUUCAUGCCAUUCAGAUCCAAUGAAGAUAUCUCAGUGUUACAUGCCGGUACAGAAAGUGGUUAUAUCAUAGCAAUAGAUGUACCAACACUUUUACCAAUUACAAGUUUCCGUGCAUCACAAUCGGCAAUCCAAUCGAUUUCCUAUUUAGACAAAAACGGUAGACCUCUUCAAUAUGUAUUUAUUGAUUUACCUGUUUUUGAAAAUAUGUCAAUACAACCAACACAGCAACAACAGCAAUCCACUUCACCCGAACAACAAACAAGUCAACAAGAUCAACAACAGAAACCACCAUCACCAUCUUUAAGAUUAGAAGAUCUUAUACUCUUGGUUUGUAGUAAUAAGGAAUUAUUUAUUUUCAAUGUUCCAUCUAAACAAUUGUCGCUAUUCUCUGCAUCUUCAGCGCCUUUAUCAAGUUCCAAUGAUGCUCUUCUCCAACAUGAAAGACUCCAAAAAGUAGAGAACAAGUGUCCAAUUAUUAAAUCGUUCUUUUUCAGAGAUAUUGGAUCGGAUCAACAGUUUGUGGCUACUUUUGACCAGUCAAACCAGAUUCAGUUUUAUACACUUCAAAAUCUUAGCCGUAUGAACUCUACAACCAUUUCAAAUACAACUGAAGCAUCUAAAGCCAAUCUAGUAUGCGCCACACUGAUUGGUAAUAUUUUUGUAAAUACCAGUAAUUCCAACUACACCCUGUGCCUUCAGCCAUCUAGUCAGCGUCAUCACUAUCAAUUCUUUGAUCCUACUAUCAAGAUUCCUCCAGAACCAAAGGAUGCACAAUCUUCUUUGGCCAAAUUCUUCUUUGGUAAGGCUCCAGUCAAGCUUGAAGAUACUUUCUCAGAGGGUUGCACCGUUCAACACAACCCAACAGCCAAACAAAAAGUCUAUGUAGAGGAAAUCAGCAGUCAACUGGCAGAAACUCUCAAUUCACUCAAUGAAAGGGGUAAGAAGAUAAGUGAACUUGAAGAAAAAACAACAGAAAUGGCAAAUGCUUCACACUCAUUCAUGCAAAUGGCAAAAGAUUUAAAAAAGGCUAAUGAAUCGUGGUUUUAA